AUGUAUCGAGAUUUUCAUUAUAUAGCACUAGACCAAGGUGCAUACACUUGCGAAGCCAUCAACGUAAAAGGACGAGUUCUCGCUACACCCGAUUGCAUUGUUCGAAUCGUUAACAUUCCGGCACCAGAGCCUCCACCAAGGCCUGCGCCAAUUCCACAGGUCACUUGUGACACCCGAGGAUCCGUAUCCAUCUACACCCAAGAAGUUGGCGGUUGCUCGUGCAAGGAACUUGUGACUGGCCCAACUUGCGACGUAUGUCUCCCAGGAUCGUUCUAUUUGGAUGAUAGAGCACCUCAAGGUUGCCUAAAAUGCUUCUGUUUUGGAGUGACAGACCAGUGCCGUUCAAGCUCGUGGUACAGGACUCAGGUGACCUCCUACGGAGGAAAGAUGGAAUUUGAGAUUCAGUAUACCGGAAGCGGUUCGAUGAGUCGAGAACCUAUGGUCGUUUUGAAG